CAUCUCGGGAUACCGGCUCCCCAGUGUCUGGUUAAGACGGCGACCGGGCGCUGGAGGCCGGGCGAGAAAACGCGCUUAGCCAAGCUCUCCCCGGUCCCACAUCUCUCGCGGGCCCCAGGACGCGGUGGGCCUUCGGAAGAACUGGGUGUUCCGCCCCGGAAUGCUGACCACCCACCCUCUUCCCACAGCCCACCCAUGCCCGGCUGUGAGCUUCCCCUGGGCAUCUGCCCGGAUAUGUGCCCGGCCGCCGAGCGCGCUGAGCGCGAAAGGGAGCGCCGCCUGCACCACCUGGAGGUGGCGCCAGGGUGCCAUGGGGGCCCGCCGCGCGCAGACCCGCAGCGCACCGUGAAGGAGUACCGCCGGCCGGCCGCCGGCAAGCCCCCGCCCCCGCCCACCCAACUGCGCCCGCCCUCCGUGCUUCUGGCUACCGUCCGUUACCUCGCCAGCCAGGUAGCCGACAGCGCCGGCGCGUGCCGCGCGGAGGUGGCCAGCUUCGUGGCGGACCGCCUGCGCGCGGUGCGGCUGGACCUGGCCCUACAAGGCGCCGGCCACGCCGAGGUGGCAGUGGUGCUGGAGGCCGCGCUGGCCACGCUGCUGGCCGUGGUGGCGCGUCUCGGGCCGGACGGGGCGCGCGGGCCGGUUGACGCAGUGCUGCUGCAGACCCAGGUGCAGGAGAGCUUCGGAUCUCUACGGCGCUGCUACGCAAAGAGUGGAGGGCCGCACCCCCGCCAGGCCACCUUCCAGGGCCUCUUUCUGCUCUAUAACUUGGACAGGGGAAGAUGUGAGAGAGCCAGCUCCCAAACUGGCAGCCGAGGCAGUAGGAAAGUCAAGAAGGCCCUGGCGUCCUCAAGCCAGCUUCCCAUCCUCUCAGGCUCCACAGAAGCCCUGUGUGAGGUCCUGCAGCUUCCUGCCACCCUGCGUGCCUCCCCAGCCCUGCGUAUGGCCCUCGCUGUGGAUUCUGCCUUCCGAGAGGGCAACACUGCCCGCCUGUUCCGCCUGCUCCGGACCCUGCCCUACCUUCAGAGCUGUGCUGUGCAGGGCCAUGUGGGCCAUGCCCGCCGCCUUGCCCUAGCCCGCCUCACUCGUGCCCUGAGCACCCCUAAGGGGCAGAUAUUGCCUUUGGGCUUCAUGGUCCAUCUACUGGCCCUGGAUGGGCUCCACGAAGCGCGAGACCUGUGCCAGGCCCACAGGCUGCCCUUGGACGGAGAGGAGAGGGUUGUGUUCCUGAGGGGCCACUAUGCUGAGGAAGGGCUGCCGCCUGCUGGGACCUGCCAUGCGCUAGUGGGGAGCAAGCUCCAAGGGCGCACUUUGGAGGAGGUGGUCAUGACCGAGGAGGAAGAUGAGGUGGUGCACAGACCAGUGUCCCCUGCAUGUGGAGGAUGUACCUCGCCCAGAGGACUGGGUCAGAGCAAUUAGGUUUCUGUUUUCAUGGUUCCCAGACAAUAAAACAAGCUUGUUUUA